UUUGUCGUGCGUACGUCAAUCCGUAGAAUUACACUAAAAAUCUCAUUUUCUCAAAAUAGAAAGCUAAAUGAAACAGUAGAAUAUUUUCCUUUCCGCCGACUGAGGCAAUUGGAGACCAAAAAGGACUGUGAAUGAAGAGCAAUUUGCUGGCAAAAUAAACAGUGCGUGGGUUUCAAUUAAAGAUAUAUCUUCUGUUUAAAAAAAACACAAGGAACAGCGCAAAUGCGGGCAGACGUUAAUUGAUCAUCGAACGCAGAUAAAGGCUCUCGCUUUCCCGCGGCAGGAUUAGUUCUUCUCCGGAGCAGGAUGUGACACUAUUUGUAAAAUAUGGCAGUUGAUCUGAGAAAGUUUUUGCGAAAUAUGUUUUUUCUUUGCCUUGUUGCAUGCAUUCUUCAUAUCAAUGCUGCUUCAAAAACAAGAAAAAGUGAUAAUAAAGCGUUGGAGCACUUUCUUAUCCGGAUGGACAACGUGUUUGAGUUUUUGAAUCGAGUAAUAGCCAAUUUUGAAUGGCAAACUUUCAAAAACUCUACAAUUGUACCACCAGAAGUGUAUACACAUUUCGUUCAACUGAAGAUGAAAUGGAGAAAUCGAUGGUGUGCAGAAUUGACGAAUGUUUGGAACAAUGGAAUAUCCAUAAACAAAAAGGUGUUACAUUUUCUGUGCAAAGGACCGAAAUAUACCCUUGAAAUAGCAAGAAAAAUCGUUGUUGUCAGUGAGCUCUUGUCAUCUGCGUAUGAUUCCAUACAGAUUUGCAAAAUUGAGAACUACCAACGGAAAUGUUAUAACGGUGAAUCGGACGUAGCAAAGUUAAUGGCAACUUCCAGAAACGAGAAGGAAUUACGUUGGGCUUGGACUGCUUGGAGGGAUCGUAUGAGCCACACAAAGGAACUUUUUAGACAGUUAGCCGAUCUUCAAAACAUAGCUGCACAAAAUAAUGGCUACGCUGAUAUCGGAGAAUAUUGGAGAGAGGAGUUUGAGAUACUAGACUUAGAAAGCGUCUUUGAUGAAAUGUAUCGACAAGUCGAGCCACUGUAUCGCCUUCUUCACGCUGUCGUAAGAUUCCGGCUCGCGAGAUUAUAUCCUGAUGUUGUUGACGUGUUCCAGCCGAUUCCAGCUCAUUUAUUAGGUAACUUGUGGUCGCAAAGCUGGGAAGCGCUGAUCGACGUAAUAUUUCCAGAUUAUAUUGUGAUCGAGUCCAAUCUAAUAGACUUAAUAAAACAGGAAAAUUAUAGCGUAACAAAAAUGAUGAAAACGGCGGAAGAUUUUUAUGUGUCUCUCGGAUUUCCGCCCUUAACACCAGAAUUCUGGAAAAACUCCAUCUUCGAGCAAGAAACUGGCAGGAGAUCUAGCUGCCACGCAACUGCUGUUAAUAUGUACAAGAAGAAUGACUUCAGAAUGUUUGCCUGUCUCGAGACGAAGCCGCAAGAUUUCGAUGUUAUUUAUCACGAAAUGGGUCACGUGCAAUAUUACAUGGCGUAUCAGAAUCAACCAUCGUUUUUCAAGAAUGGAAUCAAUAGCGCUUUCCACGAGUCGAUAGGCGAUGCCGUUUCGUACGGUGCAGCUUCCCUUCGACACAUGCAGCGUCUGGGAUUCAUGCAAAACACGUUUGCGUCAUUCGCCAAUUCAUCCGCGGCCAAUUUGCGGGAUUUACUGGAAACAGCUAUCCUCUUAAGACAGGCUCUUUUCAAAAUUCCGCAGUUAUCUAAUGGGUUGAUAAUAGAAAAAUGGAGAUGGUCGGUCUUCUCUGGUAGAAUAAAGCCAUCAAAGUACAACGCAGCCUGGUGGAACUUGCAUCGUCGAUACAUGGGCGUCGCGCCGCCGUCGCCGAGAUCCGAGAAGUUCUUCGAUCCCGCAGCCAAAUUUCACAUCGCUCACGAUAUACCUUACGCUAGAUAUUUCCUGGGAAACUUUCUACAAAUCCAAUUAUUCCAAGGCAUGUGCGAGGCGUCUUUGGGUCUCAGAUUCAAUUCCACUGCCAACUUACUUCUUCAUAAAUGCGAUAUUUACGGCUCAAGGAAUGCGGGAAAGAUCUUGAGGUCAACGAUGAAACUUGGCAGUAGCAUAGACUGGAGAGAUGCGCUGCGUGUAAUAACUGGUUACGCUGAGUACCGCGUGAAGCCGUUCCUAGCCUACUACGAGCCGAUACGCAAGUGGCUGCAACGCGAGAUUGAUCGCCAUAAUAUUCCAGUUGGCUGGAACUGAGAUAAAUUAAACGUAAAUAAA